ACUCCCAGACAGAAUCAAGUCCGGUUGCCGCGGCCAUGUUGAAAAGCUAAUCAGGUGAUCGAAGCGACAGGCGGAACAACCGGCUUAUUGGGCAAGGGGGACGCCAUCUUUCUCUAGGGCAACGAAGCCCAACAGUUGCCAUCUCUGAAGCGGGCAAAAAUAUCACAUGUCUGGAAAGACAGGCGCUCGUGGUCCGCAUAACGUACAAUUUAUUUACUGAUUUUUAAAAUUUUGUAUUCAUCCGAAGAUCACGUUCUCCCUCAUCCUCUCUAGUUCGGUUGGCUGGGAUUUACCCAGAUUUACCAUACAGUGCUCCUUUAUUCCACUAGCUGGCCGGAUCCCUAGCUUUCGUUAUAUAAAAUAAAAUAAGCUAGUGUCUCAUCAGGCAAAACGUGUAGGCCUUCCGAGCCAUUCUUUUUUUUAAAAAAAGCUACUGUAGCCUACUGUCAUAUUUUAAUGUUGCUAGCCAAUGAAGCAAGUAAUAGCUGUGACUGACAUUUAGGAAAGCAGAGCACACAGACUAAAAUGUUAGACUGACACACCUACUGUCUGGAACUUCUUGAUUCAACUUGAAGUCUGGAGGCGACUUCAACAGAGAAAUGGUUGUGGCCCUAUAGAAAACAAUUCUGAAAUUUAGGGUUAUUGCGUAGCUGUGAUUGGGCCUGUGCACCCAAAAACAAAAGGUAGUAAGUCUCUCCAAGUCAUCUUUUACAUCAAGAAAAUGGGUCACCCUAACAUUUGCAAACAUAUUAAACAGUAAACAUGCCAAUACUUAAUGCUAAUAAAAUUAAUCAUUAAGAGAAUGUUGGAUAUUUUAUAUGGCAAAGUGGUCUAAUAUUGUUAUACUCAUAUUGCUAAGAGGGUGGAAGAGAGUACAGUAGUUUACUACAACCCUGCAGUGCAGUUCAGAGAAUCCAGGACUGGUAUAUUUCAGGAAAUACCUUUGUGGGACCUACAUUACAUGUGAAUGCAUCUAGUCCCUUUGGAGGGAGGUGACUCUUUUAUAGUGUUUAUUAUUAGAGCUUCUAAUAGCAAAUAACUCUUUAGGUCAAUGAAGACUGCAAUCUCUCAUACCUGGGAGUACGUCCUGCAGAACUGAGUGUUACUUGCUUCUGACUGUAUAGGAUUGUGAUGUGUAGGGUGAAAAAACUUGUUAAAUUUUCAUUUCAUUGGGUGCCGUUUACUUCACCAUUCAGGUCUGAUCGUGAAAUAAUUUAUUUCAGCCUUAUUGUCAGUUUUAGUGCUGUUCAACACAGUGAAUUUCAUGUACUUCCAGGCAUUAUUUAUUUACAUGCCAUUGUAUGUGACAAGGGUACAAGUAUAUCCUCUAUUAUAUGUGUAUAAAAACUGUUGUUGUUUUUGCACCUCUGAAGCCAGUCUUUGAAACUUACUGGUUGAUCAAUGGCAAAAUGAACAAAUUCCCCUAUUCCCAAAGCAUUAUGUCAAAUAUUCUUCCCUCUUACUCUGUCCGGCAUCCAUCUGAAGAUGUUGACUGUUGUGUGACUCAGCUAUCUGCAUGGGUGGUGUCUAACUGGUGUUUGCUAGAGAUAAUGUUCCCCACUACAUCCUCUAUUCUGGCUCUUUUGUUUGUUUUGCUUAUAGGCAGGAAAAGAACAAAACUUUUUCCAUAGACUUCUAAGAAGGCCUGAGUGUAACAGGCAAAAAAAAAAACAUGACGGAAAAUGACAGGUGCACAACCGUAAGUUUUGAAAAACCUACUUUCUACUUUCUUGCAAGCCUAUUUAUUUGUGUAAGUAUGUAAAGAGUAAAGAGGAAGAGGCGAAUGAGUUUUUAUUUAACUUAUUCAUUUUAAUGUUACAUCUCUUUGAAUCCUGAAAAAAAUAUCAGAUAUGGAUUUGCCUGCCAGUGCUAAUCCCGUAAAUGUCUUUGUUUGGCUGCAGCAUCCACAUUGUUCAGACAGAGUGCUAUUAAAUGCUUCUGAUGCAUUGAAAUCAGAAGCAGAAAAAGAGGGCUCAGAGAGUGGGAGGCGAGACAAACGAAACCAGUCUGUUACCCUUUGCGAGUACAGCAGCAUACAUUUCCCCCAAUUACCAUAUUGUAAAUAAGCCAAGCGAUUCUCUACCCAUUUUAAGUGACUAUGUCAGUGAAAGGUGUAAGUCAAGGCUGCAGUUCCUGCCAACCAUGAAAUUAUUAGUUGUGAGAUAACAUGAUUGUUUUAGAUGUUUGAAACUGUUUUAAGUCCAUUUUUAUUUUUUGUUUUUAAAAAAUCACUUGCCACCUUGGCAAGAAGGGCAGGAUAUAAAUUUAAUAAUAAUAAAUUGCCACGGAAUGCAGUGAGACUUACUUCUGAGUAAAUCCAUUGAGAAUCAGGCUGCACAAGAAAAGCUACUGCAAAGUACUUCUACGGAUGGCAUUUUAAGAUUAAGAUUCUGUAGAAAUAACUGGUUAAAUUGAAAAUGGAAAAUGUUUUGCAACUGUGAGGCUUUAGCAUAACCAAUGACGGUCAUGAAAACUUUUUAAAAAUGCAUAUCAGGUAACCACACCCAUCCUUGUGGAUGGCAGCGCCAGGAAUCAAUCUAGAUUGAAAGCAGCAUGCUAAAGACAAGCAUGAACAAUUCCGGACUGAGAAAACACUAUAUUUUUGUGCUACAAAUGGCUUGGUGUUUGUGCAGGCAUUGUGGUGCAGUACAGAAUCAAUCUGCAAGGAGCUUUUAUUUUUGGAAUGAAGCACUUUUCAGGAGCAAAUAGUAGAUCUAGAUUGUUUGUGUACUAUGUAGAGAAAAACAAGCACUCAGUCUCCUUUGAUUCUAGAAUAAAAUGUCAUGUGCACAGCUUAAGAGUCAUCCAGUACAAUAUAUUUUUGUACUAGCCGUUCAUAAUUGCUCUGGGAGGUGUUUGGACACACAUUUCAAACAUUCCAGAUUACAUUCCAUUCUGUGAUCAGUGCUUUUUCAUUGUCUAGCAAGUAUUCAUGCGAUAGGUCCCCUCACUCCAUCUCUCCAAAGGACUGGAGGGAAAGAGUUCAAAGUUAUGCCUGAAUGCGAGAUUAGUGGUUUUGUCCUUGGAGUAUUCAAGAAGGUUUCAAUGAAGGAUUGCUAUGCCUCUAGUGAGCAAGGGAUGUGGCACCUUUGACCCUCCAGAUGUUGUUGGACUCAAGAGCUCCCAUCAGCUGCAGCCAGCAUAGCCAAUGGUUAUUUUAAUACAUCAACAUCUGGAGGGCCACAGGUGCAUUAUCCCAGUUGAGUAGCCAUCUCUCUUAAACAGGAUUUGGCAGUGGGUGUAGGGUGGGAGGAGAUUGUAAUGUUUCAAAAACUGUCAAAGUAUUUACAACCAGAGACCAUGCUUUAGCAUAUAAAUAAAAAAACAAUAGUUCUGAAAUAAGAGGCAUAUUGUUAUGUGCUACCCCAAUCUCUGAGUGGUGAGAAAUUCCAGGAGUUCCAGUGCUUACCUAGGGUUUGGCUUCCUUGAAAUGAAAGUCAGUGGAGACGACACUUUCUUUAGGAUCAGGGGCAGCAUUUCCCAUUUCAUCGCUUGUGUCCUCCCCUGCAGUUUUAUCCUCACAAAAGCCCUUUGAGGUAGCUAAGGAAGAGAGAGAUGGGUCACCUAUUGAGCUUCAUAGCUUAGGAUUUGACUCCGAGGCUGUGUAUACACCAUCCUUUUGGAGCAUUUUACCUCUCACAGAACAACAAUUUCCAGCACCCUUAAUAAACUACAGUUCCUAGAUUCUUUGGGGGGAAGUCAUGUGCUUUAAAUAUAUGUUGCGUGUACACAGCCACAGGUCUCCAUUUCCAGUCUGACAUUGUAAGCAUUGUAUUACACUGACUGUUCACUACACAUUUAUUAAGUCUAGAGCAGGGGUCAGCAACCUUUUUCAGCUGUGGGCCGGUCCACUAUCCCUCAGACCAUGUGGUGGGCUGGACUAUAUUUUGAAAGAAAUAUGAAUGAAUUCCUAUGCCCCACAAAUAACCCAGAGAUGUAUUUUAAAUAAAAGCACACAUUCUACUCAUGUAAAAACACCAGGCAGGCCCCGCAAAUAACCCAGAGAUGCAUUUUAAAUAAAAGGACACAUUCUACUCAUGUAAAAACACGCUGAUUCCCAGACCGUCCGUGGGCCUGAUUGAGAAGGCGAUUGGGCUGCAUCCGGCCCCUGGGCCUUAGUUUGCCUACCCCAGGUCUAGAGUAACCCAAGUGUGAAACGAGGUUAUUCAACCUUUUCGGGCUUGAGGGUACGUUUGGAACUGUUGGAGGUACCAUAAAUAUCCAUUUCAUGGAAGAAAAACGGGGGAUGCUCACCCACCCCCAUAACAUGCAAAACACCUAGUCCUCCCCGCAAACUCCCCCAAAUAAAACCGAGACAAAAAAAAGCAGGCAAUCUUUCUAAAAGUCAGCUCCCCAACCAACCAAAAGCCCAAAAAACUACUUUAAAAAAUUGAGAGGGGUCAGGGCCUUGACAAGUGCCAAGGGGGCUGUCUGAAAAUGAUGUAGUGCCCACAUGGUGGGCGCCAGGUGUAAAGGAAUGCUUUCAUGAGGCAGUGCAAUCCUCAGCAAGACCUACAGUCCAAGGGAGCACUCUUGUGUACAGCUAUCUGGGUGUAACCCUCAGUGAACUCCAGUUAAAAGGUUUGAGCUUCACAUCCAUUUUCCUUUCUCCUACAGGGUGGCUCUUUGGAUGAAAGGCUGUAGCUCAGUUGUAGGUAGAGCACUUGCUCUGCAUGCAUAAGGUCCCAGGGUCAAAUGCCAGCAUCUCCAGAGAGGACUGGGAAUGUCUGCUGUCUGAAACCCUGGAGAGCCACUGCCAGUCACAUUAUUCCAGUACCGAGCAAGAUGGACCAAUAGUCUGACUUGGUAUAAGACAGAUUUCUAUGUUGUUGUUUUUAAUGCAAAGCUUAAAAGACAGGUACACCUAGGAAGAAAACUCCUGUAUUACUAUUAGUAACAGAUAAAUAUGCAGCUUUGUAUUUUAUUGUACAGAUGCCAUUUUCAAACACAUAUUCAGAAUUAUUGUUUCCCCCAUUAGGUGGAGAAAUACGUCGGUGAGAUUAAAGGAGGACUAAGGCCAACCAUGAAAAUCACUAUUAUGGGGGUAAUAUGCCCUGCCCCCAAGAGGCAAGUGUGUCAGCCGGCAUUCUAGCAGCUGCUUCAUGGAUGUAUCUGGCGAUAAUUGCUCAUAGGUGCAGACCUAUUGAGGAAUAGCAUUAGCUGGGCAAAAAGGGAGGGAUGGUAUUGUCAAUAUGGAGAACAUCAGAGGAGCACUGAACAUAAUUCACUAUUUUUGAGCACUGUAGCUCAACAGAGCAUAACUGACCAUUCUUAGCUCACACAUCCAGACACUAGUCCCUUCCAAUUCUAAUAUUCUAUUAUUCCAUAAUUAAGUCUCCUGUGAACCCAAAGUAAUCACUCAGAAAGGUGGCUGCCUGCUGGAACUCUGCAUGCUUCUUCCAAUUCGCCUUCACUGGGGAUGGGUAAACCUGCUGACCCAUCUCUGCUUCAGUUGUGGCUGGAGCACUGAAUCAUCCUGAUUCAUCACAGAAUUGCCUCUACUGUCACCAAGGCUCCCUAUUGCGCCUUCGCAUGAGCCAGUGCUGUGUGCUUCCAUCCUUCCCAUUGGAAGGGCAGGGGAAAUGGGUCGUAAUUUUGCUAUAAUUGUUUGUUUGACUGGAUCAUUCCAACACUUCUGAUGCAAAGAUGGAAGAGAAAUAGCUGUUCCCAGAGGAGGCAUUCCCAGAAUAAUGUCCCCUGCACAGGGCCAGCCCUACCAGUAGGCAGAAAGCGGGAACCAACUCCUUCUGUAGCCCCCAGCUGUUUCCUUCUGUUGCUGUUUUGUUCUGCCUUGUCCCUUUAAUCUGGCCUGCUGCUUUAUGUGCACUGCAAAAAGCUAUCCCAUCACCCCUGGUGCUGAAGGAAAAUUAAUCUGCAUGUCUGGAGCUGUUUAAAAUUUGCUUGAGUAGCCAUGCUCAAUGCAUCAUCGCCGCAUAUAUCUGUGCUGUUUCUUACAGAGCUCUAUGAUGAUGUCACACUAAAAAGGCAGGCUCUGUGUCAUAUCUGAUGUAUGUUUCUGGACAGCUCUCAUAAUGCUUUUUCAGGGUCUAGGCCAGUGCAGUUUAGCUAUUUUUCUCCAAUUGCAGCUGGAGGUAAGCAUUUAAUGCAGGGUUGGAGAACCUGUGGCCCUCCAGAGACAUUGCUGGGCUCCCACCAACCCCAGUCUGCAUGGCCCGUGGUGAAGGACGGUGGGAGCUGCAGUUCAACAGCAUUUGGAGGGCCACAGGUUUCACAUCCUUAGACUAGGCCAUACUCACCCUGGAAACAAAUAUGACAUUAUAAUGCCAUGGCAUGUGAUAACUGAGCUCACUAUCAUGUUAGAUUGCUGAAUUGUUACUUAUCACAUGUUCAUUCCUUCAAGUUUUUCAGUGACUUUGCUCUGUGACCCCAUGGAUGCCAAUCUGGACAUUGGGCUGUUGCUUGCGGUCAGCUUUCUUGAGAAAUCCAUUGUCCGGAAUUCACGGAUUGGUGGGAAAUGGGGUAAAGAGGAAAAGACCAUUCCUUACUUCCCAUUUACAGCAGGGGAAUCAUUUAAGGUAAUUUUACUUGAUAGUAUGGGAGACAGAUAUAUAGAUAAUGAUAUAAACUACCUAAGACCCUCUGGCCCAGUAUUGUAUUGUUUUGUAUUGUAUCUGGCUCAGUUUUGUAUUGCUGUCUUGUUUUUAACACUCGAUGGGGAGCCGCCCAGAGUGGCUGGGGAAACUCAGCCAGAUGGGCGGGGUAUAAAUAAUAAAUUAUUAUUAUUAUUAUUAUUAUUAUUAUCUCCUUUGACUGACAGCAGCUCUCCAAGGCCUCAGGCAGAUUUUCUCUUUCAACUCUUCUGAUCAUCUAACUAUAGGAGCUUGGGACUAAAGUUGUGGUCGUGUUUGUAAUAAACAUGUCCUCUAUUUGCUCCAUCUGUAUUUACAGGAUCAAAAGGAAGACCAUUUAUUUAUUUAUGAAGAUAUUACUAGGCUGUCAAGUCAUAAUAAAAUAUGGUUGUCAUUUAAGUAGGACUUCCAGUGUAGUAUUUCCAAUUCAUUUUCAAAAGCAUCUACGCAUAAUCAAGUCCCAUUAAAAUCAAUAAGCUUGCAACUCAUUAUUUUGUGGGUGCCCAACUUUAUUGGGAUUGCUGUCAGGCUCUGCCCCUGCCACCCAUGGAUCUAAUUUGUUUUUUUCAGAUGGAGCUCUUGUGCGAGCAUCAGCAGAUUCGGGUCUUGCUUGAUGGACGUCAGCUCUGCAGUUUCACUCACCGCGUGCAGCCUAUGCAAAGGGUGACAGCUUUACAAAUCUCCGGAGACAUCAAGCUCACCAAAGUGGCUUGAAGAAAAGAAUAUAUAAUCCCGUAUCUUCCCUUGGUUGGUGAAGAAAUGUUCUCCUUAUGCCAUUGGAUGUUGUUCCUUACUUUUGCUCUUAUGUGUGCUUCUUGAGAUUUUAAAUGAAGGCUGAGCUCUAUAAAUAACCCUAUUAUAGCUUGAUAAGUUGCAGCAAUAUAUUUCAACGUGCAUUCUUUUACAGCUGCAAGCAGCACUUUUGUCUAUAGCUGUUUACACAUCACUGGCUUAAAACUCAGAUUCUUUUUCUCAAUUCAGAUUGAAGCUGGUUUGAGGUGAAACGCAUCAGAACACAGUAUUUCAUAAGAAAUGACAGGAUAGAUUUGAAGCGUAGCUAUCAUCAUGUGUACACUAUUUCCUAAACCAGCAGUGGGAGGAUGUAGAGUUAAUGAGACUAUGUACACAGCCUAUGAUAAGCUACCAUAUGGUAAAUGGCAGCACAUAUGUAGCUGUACAGCACCUGAUCUGAACCAUUUCUGGUGUGGACAGUCAUGCAAUGACAACAUGAAGGAAACAAUGUGGUGAGGAAAAGGAGCAUUCCUAAUAAAGCAGUCCCUAUUCCACAUUGUGUGCAUGCCCCCACAUAAGGGUGGAUCAGACUAGGAAGACAGGACUUUACAUGCACCUUUUGCCUAACAGUUGCAUUUUAAGAAGCCAAUAUACAGAAUUUAUAUGAAUUAGCCUCAAGGUACAGCUCUCAUCAAGCUUUCCUAUGUGAAGGGGAUGGUGAACGUGGACUAUAGCUCUCAUCAUCCCUCACCAUUGGUUAUGCUGACUGGGGCUGAAAGAAACUGGAGUCUCACAACAUCUGGAGGGCAACAGAUUCCCCAUUCUUGCUAUAUGACUUCAGAGAAAACACACAGAAUUCUCUGUGGGUGCAUUUGGGAUCUGGGCAAAUGUUUUGGUAUGAAAGGUUGGAUGCACAGAAAAUAGUAAUUUCCAAAACUGAGUGGGAGGGUUUCAUAUUAUAGUGUUUAAAAAUAUAUGCUCAUGCUUGAACCAGCAGCCAAAUGCAGCAACUCUGCACAUCAUCUUUCCCUCUGGUUGUGACUGUUGAGUUUUAUUAUAUAAAGUUGUUUUCCACAAACAACCAAAUCCAUAGGCCAACUUUAGGCUUGUCAGCAAGUCUCUUGUGCUUUUGAAAUUAUUAACAUUUAAAGGCAUACCACAAGUGGCUCAUCACUGUUUAUUUUAUUUUUUUUAAAAAAACUUUUUUUGCAAUUUUACAGCUACAGAAUAAAUAAACAAAUCGGAAAUACAAACAAAUCAUAGAAAAGAUGAUACAAAAAAAAUAUGGAAGAUCAUUAAAACAUACCCCAAAUAUCACUUUUAAAUAUGGUAAUUACCUUCUGCGAAACCUCAGUGUCAGAGCUUCUUAAGUGUUUCAUGGGACAUUUUUACUUAAAAAAGAAAAGAAAAUACUAUAUUUGGCAUGCAGUUCAAACUGCAGGAGUUACCCAUCUUGAGACAUCUAGCCUCAUUAUCCUCUACAGAAAUUAAUUUCCCACAGGUAAAACACAACAUAAAAAAUAUUGGACCUGCCAUUUCCCCCUUUCCUCUGCCUUCUGGCAGAAGGCACUUCUGCUUGUAAGAGGUGAACUGUUCUCAGGAACUCAAACUGGCCAGUGGGCUCUAUACAUGAACUUUCAUAUGGUCAUACACAAAUAGGCCAGCUUAAAAAUGUAUAAUAUGCUAUAAAAAAACACCUGAAGCUUAAAACCAUCUAAAAGCUGGCAAUGAAAUUGGGAGGAAUUCAGUGUUGCGCUAUGAUGAACCUUCCGUUUGUACAAGUAUUUCAUCUUGACAGGCAGAACAGUUUCCCCUGCUCUUCUCCCUCUGCAUGCUAUUCUGGGUGUUCUGGACACACACACCCUAGGCAACUUCAGGCGGAAUGGGAGGAGGAAAGGAGAAAGACCCAUUGCACAAGUGGGAAUCCUUAUGCAGGGCUUCUGCUGAUGGGGCUUGUUAGGCGAAUCCCAUCCUAUAUCCUUCUGGGCUGUAAAGGUGAAUGGAAACGGAUGGCAGAGGUCCAAUUCAAUUUCCAAGCUUGAUGUCCCCAUUCUAGGUUUGUCCAAUUCUGUGUCAUGUGAUUUAGCUUUACUUAGAUGAAUGUACCUGGUUCAGAAUUCCCAAAAUGAUUCUAGGAAAAUGAGGCAUAAGUAUUGUGGACCACAUACAGGAACUGACUUUUAAAAAAAUCUGAAUGUACAAGUCUUCAGAUAUGGAAAGUGUGGUAAAGGCCCGAGUAGAUUUGUUGGAUGCAGGAUUUAUGUUUGGCUGAAACAACUCACUCGUGCAUCUCAAAAACCAACCAUUAUAUUACCCCCAAAGCGAUGAUCCAAGUCAAUGGUUUUGUCCACAUACCGGUAAGAAAUUUGCAAAUGUCUAUGUUAGCUGUUUGAUGGCUUCAAUCCAGCUUGCCCUCUCUGCCUUGGAACUGGCCUGUAUAAAGUAGUGAAUGUCAUUCUUUGUUAUGAUUUUGAAGAGGUUGCCCUGCACAUUCCCUUUCACUCCUG